AUGAGCCUCUCUUCUCCCAAGAAGAAAAACGGCGGCAAUACUUCCGGUCAAAGACAGAUUCGCUUCGUCUCAACAGACGGCCAGCCGCAGACUAAGCGUCGCCGAGUUAACGCCGCGUAUACUAACAUCGCUCCGUUGCCUACAGCUGUCUUACCUGUCGCCGGCGCAAAAUCAGAUGUUCGGGAGAACAACCAGUACUAUAAAGCAUGCAAGACAUGUUCUGACUACAAGCAUGUAUGCCUUGGGUAUAGCGAAUCAACCGCUCACCUGCGAUCACAACCCGAUUCCACGUCGCGCAUGUCCGGCUCCAAUGAUCGAUCAAAGCAGCACAGCUCUCAACUCGAGAGCUACUCCCCAGAUUCAAAACUAGCUCCAACGUCUAUACCACAAGCAGAAUUCGGCGAACCACCUGUACAGAAAACAUCGGACGCCAAAGAACCCCAAUCAUCUCUCAAUGAGUCUGCGCGCAUGAACAAGGAAUUCAAAUCGCAAGUAGUGGACGACAGUCCAAAAAGUAACCAUACAUCCGUGACCUCCAGUAAUCGUACGCAUGUUCCAUACUUUCGAUACUUCGGUCGGACUGCCAUUGUGCCUGGUUUCAAACAAAUGGUUGUCCAAGUCCGAGGGUCUCGCAAAAGUAACCCAUCCAUGUCAUCAGGUCAGUUUCCACCUUUAAUCACCGUAGAUGACAAAGUCGACUUAUUUCAACAACUUUUAUCAAAAGAUUCAAAUUCGCCGUUACGAAGCCCUAAAUUAUCUGAUGCUCUCACUGGAAUAAAUGCCGUCUUGACGCACAAUCACGACAGCCGCGAUGCCAACACUAUUCCCUUUUAUGACCGUGAUGAUACCCUCCCAGUCUCUAAUCUAGUUUCUCAUUUGAGCGAUCUCUUCUUCGAUCAUCUUGGCUGCAACUUUCCAUUUCUUCAGCGUGGGCGUUUCCUUGAGGAUCUUAAUGAAAAGAAUAUGGACACCAUGUUGGUGGAUGCAGUCUGCGCCUUGGCCGCCAGGUUUUCGCCUCAUCCACUACUGGGAGCUCCUCAGGCACCAUCCAUUGAUGACACUCAACCCCCGACUGAUAUACACAUGUGGAAUCGAGGGCUCCCGUUCGCUCAUCGAGCUAUGAGUGCGGUUGUGGAUUCAUUAUCAUGUCCAACUCUGUCUGCCGUUCAAGCCUGCUUACUGCUGGCAUAUGAGCAGUUUGGCACCAAUCAUGACAGUGGUCUCUGGAUGUAUCUGGGUAUCUCCAUCCGGAUGGCGCAAGACUUGGGGCUCCAAAAACAUCAAGGCCUAAAGCAUAAUUACGGGCAGAAAGGUGUGACACCGAGUGAAGUCAUGACUGGGCAAGCGGGUAAGCUACGAGAAGAUCAGUAUGACGAUCUAGAUGUCUACCAGAGUCCCCAGGCCUCUUCUCCCGUCGUGGGUGGUGAACGUGCACGAGAGCGGGAACGGGUGGAUUCUUUCUGGAGUAUAUUCUUCCUUGAUCGCGUCAUAUCAUCAGGCACUGGACGUCCGGUCACCCUUCGCGAUAAAGAUAUCGAAUUGUGCUUUCCUAUUCAGUCUGAAUCACAGUUGGUAAAUGGAUGGCCUGCGCCCUUCCCUCCUUUGAUUCGCAUCAUUCAUCUUUAUGGAAGAGUAACGGACCUUAUUAACGGCAUUCAAGACGUCAACCAUGUCACUCCAGAUACUCUCCAAAGAUUAGCAGGAAUGGAAAGCGAUUUGACAGGGAUAUACCAGCGGCUAUCACCAAGGCUUCAUUUCAAUGCGGCGAACUUCCAGGAAUAUGUGAAAGCACAAGAGGGUACCAACUUUAUCCUUUUGCAUUUCUGGUUCCAUACCCUCAUCGUGCUUCUUCACCAACCAACUUUGCUAAAUUCCUUUGGCGGAACGAUUCAGCAUCUCUAUCCUAAUAGCCGCGAGCUAUCGAUGUCUUCAGCCAAGACAAUCGCCGAUAUCCUGUCCUUUGCGGAGCUUGUAGACGGGAAGAGCUUCAUUGGUAACCCUUUUACAAGUCAACCGAUGUAUAUCGCGGCUUGUGCCUUUCUAAUGGAGAGUGCGUAUUACGCAUCGCCCUCACGAUCUUCUUCGCCUCCGCCGCAACCAUUGUUAACCAAUCAAUCAAGCGGCUUCGUGAUGCCCGCAAUGGAGUCUUUAAAUGGUCCAGAAAGAAAGUCCGCUGCGAAACACAUUCUUCUUGCAUCUGUUGCAAGGGAAAAUUACCAACGCUGCUACAAGGCGCUCAAGGCUUUGAACACGUAUUGGAAAGGUACUCGGUACAUCCUGACAGUGUUAGAUCAGAAAGCCAAGGGUAUUGUAGACCCUCUUCUUUAUACUGUCGAAGAUAUGGAAAACACGGCAGCGAAUACCCCAGCACCUGCCGGCUGGCUUGGUGGCAGAAUUUUAGGAGACUCUAUGGAGGCGCCUGAGCAUUCUGCUGUGGCUGAUAUCCCAUCACAUUGGAAGUGGUCACCAAAUAUUGAUCCUAGUCAAGCCAUCGGAUGGGCUCUUACUGGAACCACAAAUUCUUCACAGCCUAAUCUAAGUGUACUUUACCAAAUGCCUACAGCGGAGGCUGAGACUGAGUCUGGACCCAGCAAGCUUCCAUAUUCGCCCCAUUUCAGCCAGAACUAUUCAAUACCUGUUCCAACAACAUCUGGUCCAAGCGCGAGUUCGUCCUUCCAUCAAACUUCUGGCUCCCAUGAGGAAGCCGUACCAUCUUCCCUGGUAACCAACGCUAAAUUCUCCCAAACUUCAAUAAUAAAUCCAGACUCUCCCUAUUAUAUGGGCAUGAAUGCACCCUUUGUCGACUCAACUAAUCAAGCUUCUUUAACCUCCCAUACACGGUAUAAUCAGAGUCUACGCUCCACACCGAUGGAAAAUCCACAACCGUAUACAUAUCCCAUUUCUUCAGCAAUAGAAAAUCAUGAUCCAAAUAAUGGACAAAUGGGUUCACGCAAACCUGAUAUCCAUUCUAUGGGCUCACAUGGUGGUGGCAUGAUGAUUGAAAGCCACGAUGUCGAUAUGAAUUCUCUGCAACAGCAGGAAUCUCAACCUCUUUCCAAUGAUGAGAUCUUACCGUGGUUAGAAUAUUUACCGCAGGAACUUCUCGGCUUAUUUGGGGAUCAACAAAGUUUUCCUCUCAUGAGCCCCGACGACACAUCGCAGCCCCCUGCAUGA